CGUGAGUGUUUGGUCGAGACAGGUGUGGUUGUUUUGUAUUUUGGGAAUUUUUUCCCACGCUCAUGGAGGUUAUUUGAGAUGCUUUAAACGCCACGAAGAUGGGUGCAGUGUUCUACCUGGCAGUAGCUCUGGCUUUCUGCUGUUUAAUCUCAGCAGCUGAGGAUUUGUAUCCUGUAGGCUGCUUUACGGGGGAUGCAAAGAGUCGUGAUACCAUGUUUCGGGCUCCUGCUGAAAUAAGUGGCACCAGCGUGGAUGCAUGUGUUGAAGAAUGUAAAAAGAAAUUUAUGCGAUAUGCAGCAUUGUAUGAAGCAAAAAGCUGUUAUUGUGGAGAUGGAAUUCAUGGCAGUACAACAGAUCAGUGUACUUCUCCUUGUUCUGCAAAUUCAACUCAGAUAUGUGGUGGGCCAGGAGCCAUGAGCAUUUUCGAGGCUGGCAAGGGUAUUUUAAGUGCUCCCAAAUCUCUUACACAAGUUGACAGUGAAUCCACUAGUUUACAUAUAAAUUGGGAGCCACCAACAGGAGGCCUGUCAGAUAUUCUACACUACCGUGUUAGUGCAGUUCCAGUGUAUACAUAUAGUGAAAAUGACCCUCCCAGAUCACUGCAGUGGGAAUUUUCUUCUCAUAUCAAAACUGCAUGGCUGCAAGGAGUCCAACCAGGCACCAGAUAUCUUGUUGAAGUGAGAGCUGUGUCUGAAUCAGGCCUUGGCUAUCCCAGGUCUCUGGAAAUGUGGACUAAAGUGGGAAAGCCAGAAACACCUCCAAUGCCUCAGAUAAUAAGCCAGACCUCCUCGACAAGAACUGUUGAGCUGCAGUCAGUACCUCCAACAAAUGGUCCAAUAUCUGCAUACCAAGUAGUGGUAGUGGAUGAAACUGUUCAUGUACAACUUCAGCCUCAUUUGCUGACAGAUUACUACUCAGCUAUGAAUAAUAGCAUACCAUUCUAUAUUACAGCUGAAUUCUCUCCUGAUAAUUUUAUGAGAACCUUCAAAGUUGGAGACAGAAAGAUGUAUGGGAAGUACUACAAUGCACCAUUAAAACCAGAUAUUGAUUACCACAUUUUGCUUGGUGUACUGAGCACCAUAAAUGAAACAAAGGCAGCUUAUUCUAUGUCCAAUCACGAGCAGCAUGAAAGCACUGUCUUCGAUUAUGAAAGUGACUCCAUGGAAACCAAGAUGAUAACUCAAACAAAUGAACAGUUAGCCAGGAGCCAAAAGACUGUUUUAGGGUUGUCAAUUGCAAUUGGUUUGUGUGGGUUCCUCCUUGUGGCUUCCAUCAUUUUGUAUGUAGUUUUGAGGGUUGUGGUGAAGAAAAAUCGGAUGCGUUCGGCAGAGAACCAAGAGUUGGCUGUCCAUGAACAGGAGCCCAAUGAAGACUGUGAGAAUGGCUAUUCAGUGGGUGCGCACUAUGUGGAUGAGGAAGCUCCGACACUUGACCAUUAUCGCCAGCUGAAAGAACGAGUUUGGAUCAUUCCCCAUCAAGGGCUUAACAUUGUUGGGGAUAUUGGGACUGGCAAGUUUGGGGAUGUAAGAAAGGGCAUUGUGAUUAACAAGGGGAACCAGGCAAAUGUGCUAGUUCACAGAAUAGCUGAUGACAACUUGGACAAGAAUUCAAAGAGCCAGAUGCUCCGGGAGUUUGAUGCCCAUGUGCGCAUCAACAAAAACCCACAUAUCAUCUCCCUUGUUGGUCUCAUGGAGGAGUUUAAUGUCAUUUCUGUGGCCUUUGAGUAUGAAACUUCAACGCUCAAAUCACACCUUGUUGGAAGUCGAGCAGUUCAGCACUACCCAGUGUAUGCAGAGAAAAAUCGCAGGUUUUCCACACUUCCAGAGGGACAGGCCCUUGAAAUCCUCCUUGGUGUUGCACGAGGCAUGAAUCAUCUUGCCUCACUAAAUGUUACCCAUGGUCAGCUCUGUGCCAGGAAUGUUGUGUUGAUAGAUAGCAUACGUCCAAAGGUCACUGGGUUUGGACUCCUCCAUUAUCAUAAUGACUUGUAUGUACCUGAGUAUAAACGCUGGCACGCUGAGGAAACACUCCGGUCCAAGGUGUCUGUUCCUAAGAGUGAUGUUUGGUCUUUUGGUUGCUUGAUGUGGGAAGUGGCCACACUGGGGGGGACGCCCUAUGCAGAUGUAAAGACCGAUGAGGUUCCUGGCAGGGUUAUGCGAGGCCUGCGACUACCACAGCCUCAAUAUGUUGGUGAUGAGCUCUAUCAACUGAUGCUGAAUUGCUGGCAGAUGGACCGUGAUGAGCGACCUACUUUCCAAGAGCUGGAGGGCAACCUACAAAGCCUGCUCAAUGAUGAUGUUACACCACAUCUUCUCUUCUCUUUGUAUCCAUCAUUCCAGUAUGAGCACUAUGCCCCCCAUCUUGAAUUUAUUGAUUAGAACUAUAAUGUACCUCCUUCGUUGGUAUAACUGUCAUCCAUGCUCAUCUCUAUGAGCAAACAUCUGUCUUGCCAGAACUCACAUGCUUGAACAUGUGGCAGAUUUCUAGGUGAUUAGGUAAAUCAAUGUUGUUCAGAAUUCUUGUGGCCAAUUAAUUGAUACGUGUGCCAAUUAAGCAGUAUUGUUAUGCACAUGUUUUUCAAAGCACAAAUUUUGAAAAUUAAUAUUUGUUUUUUAGAAAUAACUUAUGAAAUUGGUAACCUAUGAUCUCCAGUCCAUUCCACUAGAUAUAAACCAGAUUCUUGUUUAUAUUGCUCAAGAUUCCCUUGAUACUUUGUAGCACAAUAAAUGCUUCUAGCAUUUUCCUAGAGAAGUUUAGGCUAUUUUUUUUUUUUUUUUUUUUUUUUUUAUGAAUGGAAAACUUUUGCUUAGUGAUGAUUAAGAAUGUAAAAUCAGGAAUAGAUUGCAAAUUAAUUACAGUGCACUCUCUGGUGUCUUUUCAUAGAGGAAGAUCUGACAGUGGGAGUAAUUUUAUUUUUAGUGUGAAGGAUAAUGUAAAAAGGAGAAUCUCCAGUUAGUGUGAUAGUUUUAUCAGAAGUGUCUGCUAAAGAGUGUGCCAAAGGUUUUAGAAAUUCCUUUUAGAUACUUAAGAAGUUCCUAGGUGAAAAUGAAAUGACUUGGUAGGCUUAUUUUUCGGGUUACAGUGUUUAGGAACAUAGUAACUUCUAGAUGAUGACAAGUCUAGUCAUGAAUGAUAUGCUUAUGUGACUAAAGCAUAAUAGAAUAAAUUUAUGUGAUGCUAAUAGAAAAGUACUAUCAUGUGGAACAAAUUACAAAAUUCAUCAUCUUUGGCAGACUUAAAAACAUGAUAAGAUUUUUGGGAUUAGAAAAUGAUUGUGCAAUUGUUACUCCAGUGGUCGUAGUAGAUUCGUGGAUCAUAGAGAGUGCACUGUGUUGGAUAUAGUGUGGUGUAGUGUUUGUGAUACAUUCCUUAUAUCACAAGGUGGCAGCAAUUAUUGUUCUUAGCCCUCCAUAGCUGAUAAUCAGUUGUGUGCUCUUUUGUAGCCAGGCUUUUCACAUUUUUUUUUUAAGGAUUGUUUGGCACAGUUAAAAGAAUAAAUGUAAAGGGGUGUAUAGAAGCAUAAGAUUAUUUGAAAUAUCAAAAAAGGAAAAAGGUUUAAAAAUGUUGUGCUAGUGAAUGCAUGAUCAUUGCAUUCAUUUGUAAAUUGGUAUCAUUAGAGUAAUAUUUAUCUGUUUUACAUAUUUGCAGUAGAAGCUAGUGAGUAAUUUCAGAAUCAGUCCACUUGAAGAGCAGUGCUUUUUAAUGAUUUUCAGCAUGAAUUACUUAGCAAAUAUGUUACUUUAGAGCUGCAAACAUUGUAAGGCUGGCAAUUAGCAGGCAUAUUUAUGGGAAUGUAUGUAUACAUCCUAAAAAGUAAGAACUAUUUAAUUUGCCCAAUGAAAAUCAUCCAAUCAGUAUUUUAAUCUCUGACACAUCCAACUGCACGUGCAGUUGUAAAUAAUGCAUUGUUUGUCCACUGUACAGCCAGGCCUGAUUGUCCUAUCACAUAGUUUUCUUUAGUUAUAAGGUUUGGAUGCUAUAAACAGUGUGUAGAUUAGAAUGUUGAAGUUUUGAGGGAUUAUCACAUGGUGCUUGAAAUCCUUGGGAUUGGUCAUUUGAUAAUGUGGCUGAGGUUUAUGACUGGCAGAUGUCCCUGUCCCUGUUUUUCUGAACUAGUUUGCCACAAACAACAGAGAUGGCAAGCUAUGGGAGACUCGUGUACUUGCUCUGUCAGUGAUUAUUGUUUGCGCAAAAGAAGAGAAUCCAAAGUCGUAGAAAACUUAAAGAGCAGAAAACAAAUUGCAUAACUGCAGCCUUUCUGACAAAGACUGUUCUGCACUGUAACAAACAAACAAACUAUUGCUCUUUGUAGCAGCCAAGGGUCUAAAUAUGAUAUCUAAAAUUAAAAGAAAAAGAAAUAUUGAUAAUAGAUGAUCUCACUGUGAUCAUUAGUAUGUAAUUCCAAACUUAAUACUGCUGUCUUUGCAUAUCCCCAAAUAUUUGAUAUUGUAAUUUUUAUACAAUGCUGAACAUUUGGUAUUUGUAUUUACCUCGGGAAAGGUACUGUGGGAACUGGGUGAAAAGAAGUAUGCAUGAUAUCCAGUGUCUAGGAUUUGAAGUUCCCUGUGAUAUGUUGCCAGUUCAUGUGUUGUCUUUUUUUUCUUCUUCCUUCUUUCUUUCUGUUGGCUUUAUAUGUAGAAAAGACAGUUUGAGCAGCUACUGGUAUUUCUGUUUUUCUGUUGACUUUUUAUGUGGAAAAGACAGUAUUACCAACUACUGGUAUUUCUAAUGAAUUAGGAGCAGUGUUGUUAAUGUCCUUGUUAAAUAUUUUAAACACUUUGGUCUCUUAUGAAUUACUUUUUGUCAUUAUUUUUGUUUUGUUUUUGUCAUUAUUUUGAUUUUUUAAAUGUUUUUAUUCUGAUUGAAUUAUGUUUAUGACUACCUUUCAGAUUCUUUUUGCUGUCUUUAAUUUGUGAUGUAGGCCUCUGUUGUAUUACACCAAUAUGCUUAUGCUGAUCUGGUCACAAGGCCCAAGGCAAGAGCCCUAUGUUGUGGGUACUUAAUAAGGUUAGGCUAAAGAUUCUUCUAGAUAAGUUCUGUAUUCAUAGCUCUUGACAGUAAACUUUGGUUGUGCAAAGUAUAAAUUUAGGCGUGCUUGAAAACACUACUGAAUACUUGGAAAUUGCAUACUUUUUGGUCUGCCAUUUCAAAGCUGUGAUUAUCCCUCUGAAAAAAUAUAAAUGAUUUUUAUGCAUACUUUGCACAUUGGAUUUUCUGCAAGAGUGCAGGAUUUGGCUGUGUAUGUUUUAGGGGUAAGUUACUAAGUACAGUAAUGAUCGGCCACUUGCCUGAGGAAUUGUAUGGGGGUGUUUAUUAUAGAAAAUAAUUGCAGAAAAGUCCAGUAUUAAUCAAGGGAUUGUGAUAAGAAUGCAGGUCAAAGGGUGUAUUGGAAGUAAAAAAAAAAAUAUACUGUAUUUUUUUUUUUUUUUUUUUUAAUUAUCUUUUUUUUUUUUGUUGUGAACAUUCCAGCAGGUCUUGCCGAUAGGGAAAGAAAAGGAGAGUGGAGAGGAUGCUACCCUCUCUUGAUCUUGUGAAAGUAUAUUGAGUGAGGUAUUCAGUAGCACUUCACUGAGAGAGUUUUUUAUGUGCAAGAUUCUAUUUGUAUUUUUCUCUGUCAUUUGCGAUGGUCUUCCCUUGCCCUUGGUAUUUUUGCCCGUUUUCUUAGUCAGGUUAAACCUUGUGAACUUAGGGAAUAUAUUCCUUAAGGCUAUUGCGGUGAGGGCUUAGAAGUGAGAGGACUUAGAUUCAUUGACAUUGCUUACCCAUUACACAUACUGUAUACAUGAGUAUUCACAUGAUUGCCUAUAUAUAUACUAUCAAUUUGAGAAAGACACACAUGCACAUGUGCUGACACACACACAUGCAAACAUGGAAAUACACACAUGCACACAUUCUUUCUGUAUCUCUUUCUCUCUUUCUUCCUCCCUGCCCUCAGUCACAGUAGGUUCAUAGGUGGCAGUAAGUAGCAAUGUUAAAAGAUGUGUUGGCAUUUAAUUUUAGCAAGUCCCAUGCAUCAUUUACUUGAAAAAUUUUGGCACUGCAUUUAAGUUGGAUAGGUCUCUCCAUUAUUAAGUAUUGCUUUCCUUGUAUAAAUCUGUGUUGUGUUGUACAAGGAAAAGAACAUGUGUUGUUUAGGUCUACAGUAAGUGAAAGGUUAGUGCAAUUGAGUAAGGGAGAGAUUAAGUUAUUUAUGUAUUAUUCCUAGCUAGGCCUAGCAUUGAUGCUUGUGGUGUAUAAUAAGAGGAUAAGUGUUUAGCCUUAAUUGUAAUGUAAAAUGUAUGUAACUUAUACUGAUCAGUGACAAUUGUAAUUAGAAGAGGGCAAAUGCACUUAAGUAUCAAUAAAAUCUACAAAUACAGUUGUUUAUAAGAGGUAGAAUGUUUUACAGAAAUAUUUGUUUGAAUGUAUGAUUAUAUUGCAAGUUUGACUUUUCAAAAAACAGCUUUCAAGAACAUUUCAUGAUGAAUGUAAUUUUUCUUAAAUAUGUCCACUCUCACCAGCUUACUAUUUAUUUUUAUUAUACCAGUUGUAAGUGUAAUAUGAAUUUUUAAAUAAUUAUUAUGGUUAUUGUUUUUUUGUAACAGUUUUGUAAGAGGUAGAAUGUUUUACAGAAAUGUUGAUUGAAUAUAUAAUUAUAUUGCAAGUUUCAUGAUUCAGGAAACAGCUUCCAAGAACAUUUUGUGAUGGAAAAUAUAAUUCUUAAAUAUGUCCACUCUCUCCAUCUCACUAUUUCUUUUUAUUAUGAUAACCAGUUGUAAGUGUGAUAUGAUUUUUAAAAUUAUUAUUAUUUUUUAAUUAUUUAUUUAUCUAUUUUUUAACAGAUAUUGAAAUCAUUACUACUACUUUUCCUUCUUUUUCAUCAUAUUUUUUAUAUGGAUGUGGAACUUAUGCUGAAGUUAUGUGAGUUGAGAUCAGUGCCUUUCUUCAGCUGUCAAGUUACAUGUGUUCUAGCGUUGGUUACAAUAGAAGCAUUAGUGUCCAUUUUAAAGAUAAUCCAGAAAAAGGCAAAAUUGUCAUUAGAAGCUAGUGUACAUUGUUAGAUGUCAUAGCCUUAGAUGUAAGUAUUUUAUACAUUCAGCGUGUUUGAUUCUGCAUAUGUGGAAAUGUGUGACUGCAUGUGUGUGAAUGUAAGCAUGCUGUUGUGUCUGUGCCUGCAUAUAUGUUUGACUGUGUUGUUCAGUUUUUGUCUGUCUGCAUGCAGACUUAAUGUUGCAUAUGUAACAUAUAUGCUUGGACACGUAGUUCUUCUUUUAAAGUCACAAUAUUCAGAGCUUUAAUUUCUUUUCAAUAUUAGUACAGGAAUUAGGUAGUAGCAUCCAUGUGCAAAAUGUGAUCAUGGUAUUGAUUGUGUAAUGAUGGCUUCCCUCUAUUUUUGUUAUCAGUUUAUCAUAGAAGAUUAACUCUGUGAUAAACUUGUCUUGGUUAUUACUUUUUUCCCUCUUCAUUUCCAGAUCCAUAAGUCUACGUCUUCUUGACAUAGAUGAAUGGUCACUUAGUAUUUAGGUAAUGAUGUUAAAAGUGCAGCUAUAAGAUCUGAAACUAAUGAGAUUAGAAUGCUUUUCAUGAAGUAUUCUGUUUGUACUUUAAAUAGUAAGUCCCACUAUAUCACCAUUAUUUAAUAUCUUGCCACAGGCAGUACAAGUUUGUGAAGUAUUAGCUUGAACAAGCUUUGCUGCAGUGGCUUGAGUAAGUAAAUCAAGAAAUCUCGUCUUCUAAUAACACCUUAGCCUCUCUCCUUCCAGUUGUAGUCCAUAUUCUGUACAGCUAUAUUUUUUCACCAUACAUAGCAUAAAUAGAAGAGUGAAGGGGGGACAAGCAGCACAAGUCAUAGUAGGAUUAGGAAAAGUCCUCCUCUGCUGAUUAUGUUCUUGUGAGUUUGCUUGUGACUUGGACUUGCAUUAUGAAUGUUCUUAUGAUGUCUUGUUCACAAAGGUUUGUGGGUUUUCUCCAUUAUAGAUACACCUGGAAUGUAUGUAGAUUUUCACAUGGCAACUGAAAUAUGGAGUUUGAUUGAGAUAUGUUUUGUGUAUAUUUAGGUUGUACUGUACAUGUAGUGCAGUUUAUGUUACAACUUAAAAUUGUGCAAUCAAAUAUUGUAUUAGAUAUGAGGGAAAUAAUGAAAGUUCAGAAAUUUCAUCAGUCGCUUUCAUUGAAACUAUUUUAUUUGUUUUUCAUUUUAUUAUUUUUUGAAUAGUACAUUCUCGUGUGUAUAUAUAUUUUUACAGUACUUCAGCUCUUAUCCAGUAGGGAAAGGGUCGACAGUAAAUAUUCUACACAUAACCAUAUUAGCCAGUAUUUUAUUGUUGGGUCUUGUAAGUUCAGUCUAGUUCAGUCUUAAAUGGGGCCUUGAACAUUCCAUUUUUUGUUAAUGUGCUAGUUCAGAAUUUAUUACCAUUUUCUACUUUGUUUUUAUCAUUAUCUGUGUUCUAGGAAUAUCUGAUCUGGAUAUUUAGUCAUUUUGUAGCCAGGGACAAUUUAUAUUUUUAUUGUAGCUUUGUCUUCACAGGCACAAGAUAUGUAAUCUUCAAAAUCUCGUUAUAUUCCCGAUGAGGAUAUAAUAAUAAUAAUAAUAAUAAUAAUGAUAAACCAGUU